AUGAUGACUGCAGAAUCCAGGGAAGCCACAGGUCUGUCCCCCCAGGCUGCCCAGGAGAAGGAUGGUAUCGUAAUAGUGAAGGUAGAAGAGGAAGAUGAAGAAGACCACAUGUGGGGGCAGGAUUCCAGCCUGCAGGAGACGCCGCCUCCCGACCCAGAGAUUUUCCGCCAACGUUUCAGGCACUUCUGUUACCAGAACACUUUUGGGCCUCGAGAGGCUCUGAGUCGACUGAAGGAACUUUGUCACCAGUGGCUCCGACCAGAGAUAAACACUAAGGAGCAGAUCCUGGAGCUGCUGGUACUGGAGCAGUUCCUCUCCAUCCUGCCCAAGGAGCUCCAAGUCUGGCUGCAGGAAUACCGUCCUGAUAGUGGGGAGGAGGCCGUGACCCUUCUGGAAGAUUUAGAGCUUGAUUUGUCAGGACAGCAGGUCCCAGGUCAAGUUCAUGGGCCUGAGAUGCUUGCCAGGGGGAUGGUGCCUCUGGAUCCAAUGCAGGAGUCCUCAAGCUUUGACCUUCAUCAUGAGGCCACCCAGUCCCAUUUCAAGCAUUCAUCUCGGAAGCCUCGCCUCUUGCAGUCACGGGCUCUCCCUGCCACCCACGUUCCUGCCCCUCAUCACGAGGGGAGUCCCAGAGACCAGGCGAUGGCAUCUGCACUAUUCACAGCAGAUUCCCAGGCAAUGGUGAAGAUCGAGGACAUGGCCGUGUCCCUCAUCCUGGAGGAAUGGGGAUGUCAGAACCUGGCUCGGAGGAAUCUCAAUAGGGACAACAGGCAGGAGAAUUAUGGGAACGUGUUUUCCCAGGGUUGUGAAAACAGGAAUGAGAAUGAGGAGUCAGCCUCAAAGGCUGAAAACGCAGAAGACUCAGCAUCGCGUGGGGAGACAACAGGAAGAUUCCAGAAAGAUUUUGCAGAGAAACGUGAACAGCAGGGCAGAAUAGUAGAAAGGCAGCAAAGAAACCCUGAGGAAAAAACCGGAAGAGAAAAAAGAGAUUCGGGGCCAGCUACAGUCAAGGAAAAAAAACCCACCACGGGAGAGAGAGGUCCAAGGGAGAAGGGUAAAGGAUUGGGAAGAAGCUUUAGUCUGAGUUCAAACUUUAACACCCCCGAAGAGGUGCCGACGGGAACGAAGUCCCACAGAUGUGAUGAAUGUGGAAAAUGCUUCACAAGGAGUUCAAGCCUUAUUCGCCAUAAAAUAAUCCACACUGGAGAAAAGCCCUAUGAAUGUAGUGAGUGUGGGAAAGCCUUCAGUCUUAACUCAAACCUUGUCCUGCAUCAGAGAAUCCACACCGGAGAGAAGCCUCAUGAAUGUAACGAGUGUGGCAAAGCCUUCAGUCACAGUUCAAAUCUCAUUCUCCAUCAGCGGAUCCACUCUGGAGAGAAACCUUAUGAAUGUAAUGAGUGCGGGAAGGCCUUCAGCCAGAGCUCAGACCUUACUAAACAUCAGCGGAUCCACACGGGGGAGAAACCCUAUGAAUGUAGUGAGUGCGGAAAAGCUUUCAACCGAAACUCAUACCUUAUCUUGCACCGGAGAAUUCACACACGAGAAAAGCCGUACAAAUGCACCAAGUGCGGCAAGGCCUUCACCCGGAGCUCGACCCUCACUCUGCACCACAGAAUCCACACGAGAGAGCGAGCCCCCGAGUACAGCCCCGCCUCCCUUGAUGCCUUUGGAGCAUUCCUGAAAAGCUGUGUGUAA